UGUAACUGAAAAGUAGGCGACGACGCUGCGGUGGUGUCAGAACAAUAAAUUCGACUUUAGCAGUUACUCGAAUGAAGGUAAGAGGACACUCAGUCCUUGGCAGCGAGGUAAACUGAUCUGUGGAGUUGUUGCUCGGUCGUUUCAUCCAACACCGGUUGGCUGAAUGAGUUUGCUAGCCAGUCACUUAUAAUUUAAAGAAUACGGAACUGUGUGGAUUAGACUUGGACUGCUCCACUGCUGUGCCCUGGGCUCAUGUCUGCUGUGUCAGUGAUGACUGUGGAGCACACGGCAUGGAAAGGAACAUUGGAGACCAGCUCAACAAAGCCUUCGAAGCUUAUCGCCAGGUCUCCAUUGAAAAAGAUAAUGCUAAAAAGGAGCUACAGAAAAUGACUGAAUAUUAUGUGGGAUACACUCAAACACUUGAAAAGCAGAUAAAAGACCAGCAGCUGUUGAUUUCAAAACUUCAAGCAAAGCUGUCAGCAACAAGGCAACCAUCAGGAGAGAUGAAAUGUGAGCCUUGCAACCAUCUUCUUGACGGAGCUGCCACUUACAUGGUAAAGUUGUACCCGGAGAAUAUGGGUACCAUUGCUGUUGCUCCUAAUUUGCCAGUCAACAGCAGUGUUGACUGUCAGGACAUGCUGGACGCAUUUGAAGCAAUACAGGGGAAAUUCCGGCAGAUACGAUCUCUAACCAGAAGACAAAAAGAUCACCUGAAACGAUUCCAUGGAGGAAAUGAUACAUCAAAUGAUCAGCAGUUCUCCAUGCCCAUCCAGUGCACAGACCGUACAGCAGAGGCAGAGAGACCCUUUUCCUCCACACUAAGGUCAGCAGUGGAUAUCCCACUCCCUCCCACGUCUCUGGCGUCCCGUGGCACCAGCCCUGAGGACAGGGACUUAGUAGACUCUCUCACCAAAUUCAGUGUCAAAUUCCCGCCCUCUGCGGACAGUGAAUAUGACUUCCUGAACAGUGCUGCAGAGAGAAACAUUGGUCUCACCUUGCCCACGAACCCACCUCUCAGCAGUGUCCCCUCGGCACAGACAGAGGAGGAGCCCGUGGAACUGCCCAUGCCUUUUGUCUACCCUACAUCCCCCUCCCACUCAACAUCAUCUUCGCUCUCCCAGGAGAGUGUGCGGGGACCUCAGCAGCCUCUCUGGAGCCCUGAGCUGUGUGAUGCAGUUGACGUGGGGACAGAGCUGGCGACGCCUCAGAGCGGGAGUCCUGAUAAAUGUGCUUUCUGCAAAGCUGUGGUUCCUCAGGACCGAAUGAACAGCCACCUCUACUCGCAUUUCUCUCCUAAGAAUGAUGCAGACAAUUGACAGAGGAAGCAGAGACUGACAGGCGGAGGCCGCAACUACUCCAAGACUUUACUGUAUUCAUGGUCUAGUCCUACCUGCCAUGAAGUACAAUGCACUGUACUUGGUUUGAAAUGACACUGCAAUAAGACUUGAAUCCCUUUAUUUAAUAUUGAAGAAUUGAAUGGUACACUUCGCUGCCCAGUAUAUUUUUCUAAUAUCACGCUGAGAUUUUACUAUAGCAAAUGAUGUUGAUGAUGCAUAACGUGGUAUAUAUGAGCAAAUAAAGCCAGCAUUUACUCUUGCAACACUUUUUAUCAUUUCAGUAUGAAAACCCACCUGAGGUACUCUGUGGAUCCCUACACAAAGACAUUAGGUGGACAGUAUGUGCACCUAUUAAAUUUCAAAACAAUUUGCAUUAAUAACAUGGAACAGUUUCCUUUUAGAGAGACAUUCAUUUUUAAGCAAAUAUGAAGAUUUGCUUUGGAAAUGGAAAUUUACACCGUCACUUCCUUUUUAUGUUGCUAGCAGGGUUUUAUAGAUCAUAGAACAACCAUAUAUUAUGUAUCAGGUACAGGUAUUGAAGUCAGUCAUUUGAAUGGUAGACAUGCUGAUUAGCACUGUUUUCACACGGGUUCCCAUUGCUCUUCCAUGUUGUAUACUUAAGCCAGGUUCAUUUGAGGCAGCUGUAUGACGCUGGUGCAGUGAAGAUAUUUGCUACUUAGGAGUUAGUAUCGCCAUUUGUCUACACAGAUGGCGAUACUAAAUGUUAGGUACAAACUCACUGUCAGCCAGAUGCCCAGUUAGCUUGCUAAUUGUGCAGUAAUAGUUUUACCUUAUGCAAUAAUCAAACUGCAUUUAUUGUAGACACUUUUAUGCUAAUGGUUAAAUGUACAUGAUAAUCUAUGACUUUGUUGCUCUGGUUAUGCUAUCAGAGUUAUAAGAUGAGACUUUCUGGUGAUACUGGUUUUAAAUUCAAUUAUAGGGUAUACUUGAGUAAUAAUUUGAACAAAUGAUGUGUCAAUGUCUGCUCCUUGUGUGUUUGCACAUCUACAUUAUGCACACCUAUCACUUAAUUAAACCUGAGUCUUUUCUAA